UCCUUCUCCUGCCGUUAGCUUCAGUUUUACAGCAGACAAACUCAAGAGAAAAGCAGAAAGUCAUCACACACACACACACUCUCUCUCUCUCUCCUCUUUCUCUUUCUAUAACAUAGCAAAGAAAAAAACAUGCAAAACCCAACUCAGAAUUUCCCCCUUUUGACCCUUUUUCCCUUAAUUCACUCCAUUCCCAUGAACCCACCUCUUCUCCACUUCCUCUACUUACUACACUCUCUUCUUUUUCCUUCUUCUUAGACUUUGUUCUUCUUUUUUCUCAUGGCUGUUUCUGACAUUAAAGAAGUAUUGGAAUUCUUGAAAAAUAAUGGGUUUUCAGAAUCGGAAUCAGCUCUUAUGGAAGAUAUUAUGGAGAAAUCUGAAUUGGGUUCAUUGGAUUAUGAAAGAUUCUUAUUUCCUAUGAUUCCGCCGCCACCUCCUCUUAAGAUUCCUUCUGCUCGGCGGCUUGAUGACUUAAUUUCUGCUAAGAUUAAUCAGUCGAACUCUGUUUCUUCUGAUGAGGAAUUUGUCAGCUUGGGUUCUUCUACUAGCGAUUUUUGCUCCUCUGAAUUUACAAAUCCAUAUGGAAUUCGUACUACGACAGCUCUCAGUUCUCAAGCAUCAUCUGAUAGAUUAUCUCAAUUUGGUACUGCUAGAGAUUACCAUGAUUUUGAUAUGCAAAAUGACCUGUUCUGGUACCGGGAGAAAGAUGAAGAUUUUCCAAUGCCACCUUACUUUGGAAGCUCGGAUGGUCUCGCGGGCCCUAGUGAGGACAAGUUUGUGAUGACUGAAGUGUCCGAGAAACAGAAAGCCACAAGUCCCAGUUGGGAUUAUAAAUCGGAAGGAUGGCCUAUAGUCACAUUGCACAACGGGCAAGAUGUAGGCUUGAAAGAUUACUAUCAUUUGGAUAGACGAAAGCAGCUUGAAGUGAAAGGUGGGAAGGGAGAAUUUAGCUGUUCAUCCCCACUUUGUGCUUGCUGCAAGGGGCCAAAAGGGAUUUAUGGCGGUGAUCCUGACGACACGGGUAUCAACCUAACUGACUCUAAUUAUUUAGAGUAUGAACCAAUGAGUGAGAGGAAAACUGAAGAUAGAAACAACUAUUCAAUUAAAACAAGUUGCAACAGUGACUUGGUUGGAGAUCUCAACGGUGCCCCUGACCUUCAGCCUAAGGCUGUUGACAAAGAUUACUACUCAUAUGUACAUGGAGACUACGAGCCAAAAGAUGAUAGAUUAGAGGAUAAUGAGGGUAUUGAACCCGAUGCAGCAGCAGAUGAAGAGGGAGGUGUUACAUCAGAUGAACUUUUGAUGUUUGAAGGCGAAGAUGAGUUUGAUGUAUUUAAUCUGAGAAUUAUACACAGAAAAAACAGGACUGGAUUUGAGGAGAGCAAGGACCUGCCUAUUGUUUUAAAUAGCAUUAUCGCUGGUAGAUACUAUGUAACGGAAUACCUUGGUUCAGCUGCAUUCAGCAAAGUGAUUCAGGCUCAUGAUAUGCACACCGGAAUAGACGUUUGCUUGAAGAUAAUAAAGAAUGACAAGGACUUCUUUGAUCAGAGUUUAGAUGAGAUUAAGCUUCUCAAGUUUGUGAACAAGAAUGACCCUUGUGAUGAGCACCAUAUACUGCGACUAUAUGAUUACUUCUACCACCAGGAGCACCUCUUUAUUGUUUGUGAACUUCUCCGAGCAAAUUUAUAUGAGUUUCAGAAAUACAACCGAGAAUCUGAUCUAGAGCCUUAUUUUACAAUGAGCAGGCUGCAGACCAUAACACGACAGUGCUUGGAGGCACUUGUGUUCUUGCACAAUUUGGGGAUCAUCCACUGUGAUCUAAAGCCAGAAAAUAUUCUCAUCAAAAGUUAUCGAAGAUGUGAGAUAAAAGUUAUUGAUCUCGGAAGCAGUUGCUUUCAGUCAGACCCCUUGUCCUUAUAUGUACAGUCUCGUUCCUAUAGAGCUCCUGAAGUCAUCUUAGGCCUCUCUUAUGACGCAAAAAUUGAUCUUUGGUCUCUUGGCUGCAUCUUGGGAGAGCUGUGCUCUGGGGAGGUGCUUUUUCCAAAUGAAGCAGUUGUCAUGUUGCUUGCACGUAUGAUUGGAAUGCUUGGUCCUAUAGACGGGGACAUGCUACAAAGGGGACAGGAGGCACACAAAUAUUUCACAAAGGAUUAUGACCUUUAUCAUAUAAAUGAGGACACUGACCUACUUGAAUACAUAAUCCCCGAGGAAACGUCAUUGGAGCAUCAGCUGGCAGUAUCUGAUCCAUUGUUCCUCGACUUUGUCAGAAAGUUGCUUGAGAUAAAUCCUCAAAGGCGUCCUACGGCCAAAGAGGCCCUAGGUCACCCUUGGCUUUCCCAUUGGUACGAGUAGAAUCCAAGUUAACGUCUUUUUAAUAUUGUUGUUCAUGUUUCGUGGUAUAUCAUCAGCUCGAAGCUGUUCUCGGAAAGUUUCCUGACAGAGCAAAAGGUUUGUUCUUUGUUGCGGAUAUUGAUUCAAUGAGUACAUAGUCGUCAUAUUCUCUGUUGUGUAUAUCGAUUGCGGAUUUUCAAUGCUGAUGCUUUGUUGUAGAUAUUAUAGGAAAAAUACUGUUUUGUUUGCCCAGCAGGGUAUAAACCAGUCUUCCAGUUUAUCAAAAAGUAUAGGGAACCAAUACAGUUUUGAGUCUUGUCACAUAUGAAUAUGCUCUUGACGUGUAUUCAUGAUUUUUUUGUAAUUUGUAAAUAAUAAAAGCAUUCUCUUGAUUCGA